GGCGGCGGCGGCGGCGGCGGCGGCAGCGGCGGCGGCAGCGGCGGCAGCGGCGGCGGCAGCGCCGCCUUCCUGCCCGCGGGCUCGGCCAUGGGCGAUGGGUGGCUGCCGCCCGACUGCGGUCCCCAAAACCGGUCGGUGGCCGGCGGCGGGGUGACGGCGGCGCCGGCGGGGGGGAGGCAGGUGGCGGGCGAGGUGCUGUCGCAGCAGUGGGCGGUGGGCAUGAGCCUGCUGAUGGCCCUGGUGGUGCUGCUCAUCGUGGCCGGCAACGUGCUGGUGAUCGCGGCCAUCGGGCGCACGCAGCGGCUGCAGACCCUCACCAACCUCUUCAUCACCUCGCUGGCCUGCGCCGACCUGGUGAUGGGGCUGCUGGUGGUGCCCUUCGGGGCCACGCUGGUGGUGCGGGGCACCUGGCUCUGGGGAUCCUUCCUCUGCGAGUGCUGGACCUCCCUGGACGUACUCUGCGUGACGGCCAGCAUCGAGACCUUGUGCGUCAUCGCCAUCGACCGCUACCUGGCCAUCACCUCGCCUUUCCGCUACCAGAGCCUCAUGACCAAGGGUCGGGCUAAGGGCAUCAUCUGCACCGUCUGGGCCAUCUCCGCCCUGGUCUCCUUCUUGCCCAUCAUGAUGCAUUGGUGGCGGGACGAGGACCCCCAGGCGCUGGAGUGCUACCAGGACCCUGGCUGCUGCGACUUUGUCACCAACAGGGCUUACGCCAUCGCCUCGUCCAUCAUUUCUUUCUACAUCCCCCUCCUCAUCAUGAUCUUCGUGUACCUCCGGGUGUACAGAGAGGCCAAGGAGCAGAUCAGGAAGAUCGAUAGGUGUGAGGGCCGGUUCUACGGCAGCCACGAGCAGCCGCAGCCGCCCCCGCCCCCUCACCCUCACCACCAGCCCAUCCUCGGCAACGGACGAGCCAGCAAGCGGAAGACCUCCCGGAUCAUGGCCAUGAAGGAGCAGAAAGCCCUCAAGACUUUGGGCAUCAUCAUGGGGGUGUUCACCCUCUGCUGGCUCCCUUUCUUCCUGGUCAACAUCGUCAACGUCUUUAACAGGGACCUGGUGCCCGACUGGCUCUUCGUUUUCUUCAACUGGCUGGGCUACGCCAACUCCGCUUUCAACCCCAUCAUCUACUGCCGCAGCCCCGACUUUCGAAAGGCCUUCAAGAGGCUGCUCUGCUGCCCCCGGAAAGCCGACCGGCGACUGCACGCCAGCGGUGGGGAGCUGGCCCGCCUGCCCGGGGGCUUCAUCAGCACCGUGGGCUCCCCCGAGCGCAGCCUGGGAGGGACCUGGUCCGACUGCAACGGGGGCACGCGGGGCGGCAGCGAGUCCAGUCUGGAGGAGAGAAAUAGCAAAACGUCCGAUUCGGAGUCCAAGGAGUACGCGUCUGGGAGUCAGGAGACCAGAAUAUUUAAGAUUACAGAGGAUGCUUAAUUUGAAAGCUAGAAAUGGUCUCGAGUAGAAAAGAAAUCUCCGUACGUGGUACCUGCCGCCCCACAAGUAAGUCUGCCUCGUGCCGACGGUGGGCCUGAUCCUGCCCGGGCGAGGUGGGCGGUGGGCGUCACGGUGGGGUCGGGUCCCGGUGCCGAGCGCGGAGGUCGGGGGAGACCCCUGCCUGAAAAGCAGCCGCAGGAGGCUCGUGCCCUGUAAGGGGAGAUGGCAGCCGGGCAGCCAGUCGCGGGACUCCAGACUUUGGUUCCCUCUUACUGUGAAAAAAAAAGGAGUUAACAGCCUCCGAGGGAAUGGCUGGGGCACAACCGGAGCAGGAUCGGACUCUGGGAUAGACUUAAAACACUGCCGAAACCUCUUCUGUGUCACUGGGUGGAAUAAAACUACCGAGUUUGUGGAUCGUAAAGCUAAUGGUGACGUGCAGCGUGGCUUCAGCGUGCUGCCGACAAGUCACAUACUCCUUGGGGGCCAGAUCAUGAUAACCGAAUGUUAUAUUGCGGACUGACCCAAGCAAGGAGGUGCUGUGAGCAGAGGGGCUUUAGAUCUGCACCCCCGGGACAAAAGAUUUUCUUCUUUCAUUGCUUCGUGAAGGUGCGCUGCAUCCUUGUGGUUUCAUAAAGUUUUUCGUUACUGCAAUGAAUACACAGCAGAUAGAGCAACAAAAAGGCAGCGUGGAAUAAAAGUGAAGCCAUUUUUAGCUUUAUUAAGCUCAGAAGUAUAGUUAAAUUAGAAAUCAGCUCCCAGGAAGGGCACUUGCCAAAGCGAGAUCUUUAGGAUGGUGGCCAACGGUUUGUUUUUGGAAACCAUUUGUUCAUUUUUUUUUUUCGUUUUAAAAAUUAAGGAAUUUGCCCUUUGCAAUUUCUAAUGAUGGACUUUAUGGGGGAAAAAAAAAGUUAUGCUUUUUGUGUAAGCACAAAAUAAAGGGACCAGGGAAGUAAAUAAUACUUUUCCAUUGAUGUUACUGGGGUUUGAUGUGAGCUGCAGUUAAUGAUGUCUCCCUUGAUAACAGUGAAAUGAGCUCCUUAAAAUGCGGGGGUGAUGUCAGAUCAGGUCCUAAGUGAAGUAGGCUCUGCCACCAAAUUGUUUGCUAUUUUUUAUUAAUCUGGUUUUGUCUGUGAUUCCAGCAAAGACAACAGCACCAAAAGGGUGCCCAGAAUGGUGGUGUCUGAUGCCGGCGACCACGGCGAGAUGUUGUCUGCGCAUGUCGGGGUCGGGACGGGAGGGGAGGCAGCCCUGAGGUUCUCCUGCGCCCUGGGGAUUGCAGGGAGCCGGGGCAGGACCUGCCAGCGUCCCCUUCUGCCAGGCAGAGCAGGGCAGGAUCCGUCCCCUGCGCCCGGCUGGGAGCUGAAGUGGCUACGGAGCCCCCAUCCUCGGCAGGGGGCUGGAUCCUGGGGAAGCGCGGUGCCUGCUGCGGGGGGUGGGAUAAUCUAAUGGACUUGGCUCUUCGUCUCAUAAAUCAUGCUUAAUUGUAACCAUCCGAACACUCGUGUCCUUAGACUUUAAAAAGUGAUGAAAGUUUUGGCUCGACAGGCUCCAACUUAGGUGGGAAUUUUAUGGCCAGAACUUGCUCGGCUUCUCCUGCCGAAUAGCUGCGCUGGGUCAUGCUUCUGCUGGACGAGUGUAAUGGCACUGAGAAGGUGAAAGGUAGGAUGAGUUUGGCCCAUUGGCUUCAGCAGGUCCAGCUGUGGGAGCGAAGUGGUCAGGAUUUGUCCGCCGGUGAGUUUUGGCCAGUCGAGGACCUGCUGGCAGGGUCUGGAGGCUGGCACGUUAAGUCCCUCCGGAGACAGCUAAGAUGAUUCACCUGACAGGGUGGAUGGCGGACACUGGUCCCUCUCGCGCGGCGUAAAAAAGGCGGUGGCACAGUAACGGUGCGGACAGAGCAGGACAUAUGGCAGGCACGUGUGCGAGGAAGGGGAGGCUGCUGGCGAGCAGUCUGCCGUGGAUCACGCCCGGAACAGGCUGUUCUCCGCGGAGAAGAAGGAUACUCUGAAAAGUGUUACGGGGCAGCUGAAAUACUCCGGAGGCGAUGAGCCAAACGCUCACGACGAAUAUUUUUUUUUUUUUUUUUUGUCUGACGAAAACCAGACAUGGAUUAGCGAUUGGAGCUGCAAGUCAGACAGUAUAGGAGGUGGGCAUGCGGCUGCACACGUACGUGGGCAGGAAAGUAACGGCAAAGAGCCGCCGGCCUGCAGGAAAGGGAGGCACAGGUAAAACUGAAAUCCACUCCCAGAAAAUUAUUUGGCGAGGGCGUCUGAGACUUCCACAGGCGAGGUGCCUGAUUCUCAAAGGCGCCGGCUGCACUUCAAGCCGUGUUUGCUCAGCACUUCUGAAAAGCAGGCUGCAUCUCUCCACGGGCUUAGGUGGGAAUGCAUCGGGUGGGAAGCCUGGCUUCAGUUUUCCGCCUGUUGGGGAACAUUAAGGAUGUUUCAGACACACGGUGGGCUGUUGAAGCGCCUGCAGAAGGACUUCCCGGCCCGCGAGGGCUGUGCAAAAACACCCCGGCAAAUUCACUGCGCUUGGAGACCGCGGCCCUCAGCGUUACCUGACUGUAGCUCCAAGCAGCAACUGACGAACGAAUGAAACUAGGUGCAAAAAAUGUGGCUUAAAAUUGUCAUCGGAACUGUGCCCAUGGCACACGCCGGGUUUGACAGCAUCAGCCAGGGGUUUGCGAUACAACACGCACCGGUUUGUCUGCAAACGCUGCUUUCCCUUUUGGGUAUGCACAUGUUUUCAAGCAUGAGGACAACUUCUUUAUCAGCUUGCUUUUUUUUUUUUUUUCCUUUUGACUUUUUUUUUUUCUUUAAACCCUAUCUGUAGUCGAGGUUUUAUUAAUAACUUUUAAGUGGCUAUUUUGCAAACCUUCCUUGUGCUGCACGCUUUCCUAAUUUAUUAUAAUUUCCCGUCCGGUGGAGUGCACUCACUUCCUUUAUGUAAUAUAUCAGCUGCGGGGCUGGAAAUUGUGCUGCCAUGAACCGAAAGAGCAGACUUUCUUGAGGCCAAAUGCGGUCAGGCAUCAUUGCCACUGGGAGCAGAAUUUGACCUGAUAAUCUAAUCUCAUACGAGAGAGUAUCUCCCGAAAAGUAUUGUUACCAGCAGCAAAUGACCUCUGUUAAUGAAGCUGGAGCAAUUAGUCCUAUUCAAAGCUGUCAAGAAAAUGUUAACUGCUAAACAACAGUUAACGUUGGAUAGCUCAAAUAAUGAGUGUUUUGUUUGCUGGUGUGUGUUAGGUGAUGUGUUGGGAAAUAAUUAUCCUUUGACUAGCAGCCAGCUUUGUACUAAUCAGAAAGGAGAAGUCAUGUUCUGUUUGAAGGAUUAGACCUAAAAAUAGUUCUGUUGCCGCCACAUGAACGAGUGAAAUGAAGCAAAUUCACGGAGACGUACACACCUUCUUCACAUUUCGUUUUUCGUCCUCAAAACUCAUUGUUCAGCUGGAACUUUCUGUUUGAUCGUGUCAAAAGCACUAAUACGAUCUCCUGCAGUAGCGCUGAGCACACUCCCCCCGAGGAGCAUUACCCUAUGCGCCACUGACUCGCUUUCAGAGCCUGCCAAAUUCCCCAAGGGCCCAGGAGGAAGUAAGGAGUCUUUCUCUUUAUAUAAACAAUCACUUAUGAUGUAAGGUCAACAAUAUUUGUGAUAAUCGCCUCGCAGAAGAAAUCGAUACGCUUUCCGUUUGCGAUGCGUGUACGCCUGCCCGUGCGCGAGGAGCAGCCGUGGUAACAGCAGGUGAUUUAUUCCUGCGAUUCGGUAACUCCAGGCUGUCAAACUGCCCUCGAAACAGUGACCGAGAUGGGAAAAGGAUAAAAAAGGUGAUGCUGGCAAGGAAAUCCGGGGUUGUCAUUGCAAACAGCAAAAACCAGGGCAUCUUUUGCCAUACUUUCCCACUUUUACUUGGAAAGCCUUAGCAGUUUGGAUAGGGAUGCACCUGACGGAUGCACUAUAGAAAGGCAGGUUAAGAAGAGUAAGGGGUAAGGCACUUCCCAUGCAGGACUGUGCCACCAAGAGACUGGCAGCUGGAACAUGCCGCAGACAUGCCUAAAAGCUUUUCUUAUUCUUUUUGGAUGACAGCAGCAGACUGAAGCACACCUGAGCAGCUUCUCUGCUGCUUCCUGGCCACCUGUGGCCCUCAGGACACGUGCCUCCCCCUUAGCAUCUCCCCUUCCAUGCCAAGUUUUGCAGGGCCUGGAGCUUUCCCGCAGCCCGGAGCUGUUGUCCUCUUUGGGCGGUGCAGCACAGGAGGUGCCAGUGGCCCCUGGGGGCGGCAGGUGCCGCAGGGCACAGGGUGCUGCCGCGGCAGUGCCAGGCGUGCUGGUGCAGGCCGCCGGCCGCCCCGCUCCCCUGAGUCACCACUGCCUCCUGCACGCGCCAGAGACAGGAUCGGGCCCGAUUCUGGGAGGGUGCUCGGGUUUGUUAGGUAAACUGGCCAUCAGCUUCCUGGUUCACAGACACUGGCAGCUCGGUACGCACGUUCACUUUGCAAACUGCCCUUUUGGCUUAGAAUCAUAGAACCAUAGAAUCGCCGAGGUUGGAAGGGACCUUUCAGAUCAUCUGGUCCAACCAUCAACCUAACUCUGACAAAAACCGUCACUAAACCUUAUCUCUAAGCACUAUGUCUACCUGUCUUUUAAAUACCUCCAGGGAUGGUGCCUCAACCACUUCCCUGGGCAGCCUGUUCCAAUGCUUGAUAACCCUUUCCGUGUAAAAUUUUUUCCUAAUAUCCAAUCUAAACCUCCCCUGGCGCAACUUGAGGCCAUUUCCUCUUGUCCCAUCACUUGUUACUUGGGAGAAGAGACAUCUCAGCUCCUAGGUUUUCCAUGGUGGUGUUGGCUUGCUCGGCCCUAGCACGCAGCAGCAUGAGGUUUUUGGCUGUGCCCUGGCAGCGGUCGGCAUCCAGACGUGAAUGGUACCAGGCGCCGGGCAGUGUUUCGGUUUGGUCCUACCUGUUCCUUCCAGGGUAGAUGCUCGGAGUUAUCAGUACCAGCUGCACCAAGGUGCAAAAGUACCAAACAAAUAGGAAACUUGUUCCUAUCCUCCAGAUCCACAACCUGAAGGAGAAAACAGAAGUUCACCCAGACUUUUGCCAUUGCCGCGGUUAGCAGCUCGUCUCAGAUGUAAUGAUAUGCCUUUCCUUUCCGAUCCUGUGUAAUGCACCAAAUCCUGUUGUCCUUAAUGAGAUUAAAUGAGGAUUUUCUACUACUUCAAUGCUCCAGCCAUUAGCCACUGUUGUGCGUCUCUAGGCAAUGGUGUACCUUUGUAUGCCUGGCCCAGUGUCUCUCUUAAAGCCGUGAUAUUUAGACUUCUUCCUGCCAAAAUUAUUUUUAUAAUUGGUCUUAAGCUCGUUGGCACAAUGCUUUGAAAGGUAGAUUUAAGUGUAUACACCAAAGAGGCAACCAGAGGCAUUAAGGAGCUCAAAAUCUCAGGAGCUGCUGGCUGUAUAAAUAUUUCGGCUACCAACAAGUCGUUUUUCGGGGCCAGGCGAGCGCUGUGUCCCCUCAGAGGCUGUCAGCUGCCCUCAAAGCGCGGCUGCAGAAUACCCUGCUGCUGUAAGGGAAAACUGCAGGGACAGCACAACAGCUCGUGACAAAAGAUUUGACAGGUGGUAAAAUUUAAACAGGGCUUGCUGGCCAAAAUUUAAAGAGAGCUGGUUAAGAGAAAACACGGUGCCCAGAGCCGCCCUCCCUCUGCUCCCGUGUGGGUGCUUAACGUGCCUCCCUCUCACCUGUCUCGGAGGGGACCCCAGUGGUGUUCUGCGACACGAAGGUGUGUGCCAGCCUGUCCCCCGCCUCGGGGCUCGCCGCCCCGCCGUUGUGCUGCGCAGGGAGGAGCGCUUCCGCUGGGGCUGGAGCAGGUGAACGGGGAGAUGUCCCACAGAGCUCCCAUUGUUCAUCAGCUCGCCCGCUCGCCGUCAGCGAGGGGUGUUCUGUUUGUCUGUUCUUCCCCUAAAUACUCACCUGGGAGCCGUCAAAUAAAAUCUCAAUUGACUUCCCUUUGGCAGGAGGCGGGGUGCGGGAUGCGUUCCCUGGCAGGCAGCUGGGAGGGGGAUGCAGGACGGGUGAGGAGGGGACCUGUUCCUGACACCCCCCACCCUGACCAAAGCAUCACUGGUGCCCUGGCAGGUUCCCAUCACCAGAGUAGGACAUCCGCAACACCACUGUGCACCCAAAAUCCCUGAUCCCGACACCAGAGCAUCUGAUCUGCUCGUGAAUCAGCUUGCCUCACAUACUCAGGUUUUUUGGAGCUUUUAGGUAAUAUUGGGCACUGCUGUAAUUGCCAGUAAUAACAGGUAUUGUAACACUGGGCUAAACCACCUUGAGAGCAUCCACAGGAGAGGUUUUGUUCCUGUUUCGCUGCCAGGCGGUUCCCAGCUCGCUGGCAGCGGGGUGAACACGUGUCUGCAGUUUUCAGCAUCAGCCCAUCCAAGCCGGGGCUGGUGCUCGCACUCUCCCCUCCGCUGCGUGUCCCGCUGCCCAGACCGGCUCUGCCACCUGUGCAACCUCCUGGGCUCCUCGGGCUGAAAAGCACGGGAAUGUGCAGAGUGAUGGGGCUGAGACUGUGUUUUGGUAGCAGCCCUGAUUUGGAUCCGUCGCUGUGAUCACAAACCUUGUGCCCGGCGGUGAUGCUGCAGAAGCUGGGACCCAGACCAGCACCCUCUGGCCUGUCGUUUUGCCUGACCUGCACCGGAAAAGCAGGACUCGCCACCUAAACCUUCCCUCCCUUCAGGCGCCACGCUGAAUAUUAUAUUCAGAGUGGCUUAGCCAUUGAGCUUCUUGUUGCACGUGAAAACCGAAAAAAAAAAAGAGCUUUGUACAAAUAUUCAUGCAAUAGAAUAAAAACAUGAUUUAAAACUGAUUAUCUGCUGUGUAGCCAGACCACGGUGAAGAGGAUGGGACAGACUCCUCAACUUUCGGCAGAGAUCUGGACCAGGGGAGCUGAAAGAGCAACUCAGGUACCAGGUGACAGCACUAAGCUGUCCCCAACUGCAAGAGGGUGACAUGGCAAUGGGCCACAGGCGUUGCAAAAAUAAUUCCCCAGGACGAGCGUCUCUGUUUGCACAACAACUUCGUGUGGAUCCCAGCGCUGACGGGCACCAUUGAGCUGUUAGUGACUUGUGAGUAAUCCCCAUUGUCUGUGUCUUCUGCUGGAUGGUGUUUAACCGCUUUUAUUCCCGUGCAUUUUAUUCCUCGCUCAUGUGGGAGGGAGGAAGGAAUGCGGUGAUAAAUAUGCUGGAAUAAUUUCAGUGCUGGAUAGUUUCCAUUAAUGUAUUUCUCAUUAUGUAACGCUGCCAUCGCUGUACAAAAUCUGCAAAGGUGCCUUUCGGGAAGAUGGAACAUUUCUACCUAGCCAGAGUUAGGAAAGUCGUGUUGUAGAGCGGGCUGGCCUUUGAUCAGAUGCUUGUUAAUUGCACCGGAUGUGCUUGGGCUUUCGCAUGGUAUGGAUUUCUUUGCCCUUACGUUACGAGGCACCUCAUAAAUUAAAUGGUUGAUGUUGUCAAAUGCAUGCCAUUAGCACUCUGAGCAGAUAAGGCGUUCGGUGGCCUCAGUGGGGUCUAUCGCAGGGCCUGUCUCCAGAUAACGCCCUGGAAGGAGAACAAUGGUGCUCCGAGCAACCAGGGACCUCCACUCUUCAGUUCUGCGCUUCAGAAGAGAAAAAUUAUCAUCUGCAUGGCUCAAGCUCUUUUUGAAAUGCGGUUAUUUUUUACUCACACAUUCCAAGUAUUUUUUACAUGAUAUCAGCAAGAAACUUGAAACUCCCUUUGAGAAGAGGAAGAUUUCCUGCAGCCCUACUACUAAAGAAAAUGGGUAGAUCAAGUAGUAAAGUUCAACGACUUACUUAGCAUUAAAUAAGAAAGAGAAUAAUGAAUUGGAUUUUGUGUGCCUGUUUUUCCUCUGCAGGGAACAGGCAGGCUAAUGGCUUUGCAUUGCCUUCUGCUUCUGUUCAUCAGUCUAGGUGAGUUCAAAACACUGCUGCCUUUGUGCGCUCUCCUCUCCCUGCUCACUUCUCACAACUUCAAGCACUUGGAGCCUAGCGAACGCAUGGGUUUGCUACCAUCAAUGCCAUCCAGACCAGUGAGAAAAACAUGCAAGGUUAACCCCCUACGUCCGAUGGUGGUGUGUGGCCUGCUUGCUGCAUGGACAUCUGUAUUUUAUGCUAGGUAGCCACAAGUAGGCAAUUCCUUACUUGGGGUGGACCCUAGUUUCCUACUAUUAUGAGCUCAGGCUUUAACGUCCUUCAAGAGAGACAUUAUUUCCCUACUGGGUUCACCAAAACCUGGUUGGGUCUCCAAACCACUCCUUUGUUUACGGGCUUUGCCAAGCGCGCCGUAGGGCUUUUUAUUGGGGAAGGAAGGGAGGUGGUGUAGGAGGAAACUAUUACAAAGCUAUUUAACAUAAACAACUUUCGCAUGCAAACUCCGAACACUGCUUGGCAAGGAAGAGGUUAAAGCUG